AUGGAGGACGGCGACAGCGUGAGUUCCAGCGAGGCGCCGGGCGCAGAAGACGCCGUGCCGCGGAAGAAGCUGAGUUUGCAGGAGCGGCUGGCGCUCGCCGCGUCCAAGAACAGCCGCAAGGACGAUGUCAAGGACGGCAAAGAGAACAAGGAAGUCAAGGGCCCUCGGGACGCCAAAGACGCUGGCUUGGGAGCCGAGACCGCGAAAAGUGAGUUUUCGCUGCCUGCAGACUACAAGAGCCUGGAGCACGACGCGCUGCUGGCGCUGGUUGAGCGGUCGGCACAGGUGGUAGGAGAUCUCAAGCGGACAAAUCAACAGCUGGCACGCAAGGUGGACGAUCUGCGUCGCGAGAGGGCUCCGAAGCGGUCUGUCACGCCCAUUGGCAGCGACGAAGCGCUCAGGCGUAAGCUGGAGGAGAAAGAGCUCCAGAUCAAGGAAUUGCUGGAGGAAGGGUCCAAAUUGUCGAUGAAAGAGGUGAAUCUGACGCAGACCAUCAAGAAGAUGAAGCAGAAGGAGCUGGAUCUGGAGGAGGAUCUGGCGCGUGCCGAGCGGGAGGUAGGCAGUCUACAGGCUCGUGUGGCGGAGCUGGAGGCCGAGGUGGGCGGGUUCAAGCACAACGAGCGGAGUAUCAAGGAGGACCGUCUGGGAUACGAGGGCCUGCAGAAAAAAUUCGAAAAGGUGCAGAAAGAGAGGGACGCGGCCAUGGACGAGCUGAAGGAGCUGAAAAUGCGCAGACUCGACGUCCAGGUGGCCACUUUGCAGAAACAGUUGGAGACGGAGCUGAAGAACGGAGCACGGCUUCAGGAGAGGCUCGACAAGACCGCAGAGGAGUUUAGUCUGUACAAGGAGGACGCACGCAACCAGAUCUCGCAGCUGACGUACAAGUUGGAACGAGAACGCGCGAGAUACAACGAGCUGAGUGAGGAAAAUGCUGCCGAAAUCAAACGGCUGGAAAAUAAAAUGGAGGCGUUCCGGCUGCUCAGCGAGUCUGUGGACAAGAACACGGACACGGCAGGUGUUACAGACGCGUCGUCUGUUUCUGUCGACCUGAUCCAGGCGCAGUACACGCAAGCACAGGAGAACUGGAAGCUGAUUGAGAGCUCGUACUUGAAGAAGAUCUCAUCGCUGGAAAACGACGUCGAGGUGCUCAAACAAAAAGAUAUUGCCAGCUCAAGGAAGAUCAAGACGAUGCAGAGCGACCUCAAGUCGAGAGCGGCCGAAAUCAGCGAGCUGCUUGAGAACGAGUCCGCACUACGAGCCGAGCUGGAAGCUACCAAGAACCAGCUCGAGAUCGCCGAAAACGACCUUGAGACGGCCAAGCAAGGCCAGGACGCGCUCAGAAAGGACUAUGAGGUGGAAAAAGCCAACCUAGAAAGAAAAAUUCAGGCCCUCGAGGAAGAGAAGAACCGUCUUGCCAACAUCAAUAAGCUCCGCAUAGACACCCAGGCCUCUUCUCAGCAGGCGACCCAACCGCAGACCGGCUUCUAUCUCAACGAGUUCAACUCCUCGUCGAGUCUCAACCACUACCGCACACAGCGCUCCGUUUCGCUGGUUUCUGCCGAUAACAUAGCAUUGGGCGAGUCGUCCACAACUCCGCGUCCAGGAGCGUUUGCAGGCGUUUCGAGCCGCGGCCAGUCGCAGUCCUCGUUCUUUGGCUCCAGCCUGCACCACUCACAGAGCAGCUCGAUGCUGGACACCAUUGACGACCCGCUGACUACAGAGGAAGACAUCUUUCCUGCCUCGUCUCCGAUCUCCGGCUACCGGGCCCGAGGCGGGCCGGGACUUAGCCACAUGGCGUCAACGGAGGACCUGGGGACUCCGCACUCGUCCACGAUUGGCGGCAUGGGCAGCUCAAACGUGAACGGCGGCUCAAACAUCCAGCUGAUGGGUAAACUGUCGUCGCGGAUCCGCCGUCUCGAGCUCGAAAUUCUGGGACUCAAAGACGAAAUUGCCGAGCUCAACGCGCAGAAACAGGAGGCGGCGAACGAGAUCGUCCAGCUGGUGCGCGAAAACGGGCAGACAAAGGAGUACAAGGAGAAACUGGCUUCCUUGGAAGAAGAGCACGCUGCUCUUACUUCUAGCUACGAGACCACAUUACAGCUUCUGGGCCAGAAAUCCGAACGGUGCAACGAGCUGCAGGCAGACGUGGACGAUUUAAAGGACUUGAUGAGGUCCCAGGUCCAGGAACUGGUGAGUUUACAGGAAAAACUCGCUGCCAGUAAUUAA